AUGAACUGUGCACAUAAGGUGCUCGAUAAAAUGUCUGUGAAAAGAGCAUUUUCGACUGGAAUGAUGGAAGGGGUCUCGAUGGGGCAGUUGCUUCGAUCGUUUUAUGAACCACAAGAUCUUAUCGUGAAAACGUCUACUCAAAACCACAAGGUUUCUGCUAUUUUGGUGUUCGGAGACUCCACUUCUGAUCCUGGAAACAACAACUACAUUCUGACCCCUUUCAAGGGCAAUUUCCCACCUUAUGGGAGAGAUUUUGCAAACCAAAAAGCGACAGGGAGGUGUACCAAUGGAUUGCUAACCAGUGACCUUAUUGGAGGUAGAAUGGUUGCAAUGGAAGGACCAACUGGAAAAAUUUCUGAAGAACAGAGGCAAAGAAAGAAACACAAUCCUAAUUUUCGAAUUUUUUGGUAA